AUGGCUUCCUACUAUCACUACAACGCCCACACGGCACAUGCAGCGCCCGUCUCCCACAACCACCACGGCGGCGGCCGAAACCGCAGGGCACCUCGGCUCUCCGUUUCCCACAAUGCUCAGAGGCAGUUUCGCGGCGCGCGAAGUCUCAAGGAUCUCCACGAGUCAGCGGCUCUCUCGGCCUUUCGCGUCAAGUUCGAGGCCGGUCGUUCAUUCGAGCUCGAGGAUGACCUCGAGUUCUGUCCCAACCUCUUGACAGAAACCGACCUGGUGUCCAUUUCCAGCGCCUCGGAGCGUUCGUCGUUGGCCAGCAACUCCCCCGAAUCCUCUCCAACUCAACAACCGCAGACCGUUGCCCCCAGCUUCUCCCUCAACUCUUCGUCCCCGGCAUUUAUCCCUCCGAGCUUCCAGGGUCAACAAUCGAGCCUGAAGCUGCACCAGCCCUCGGCCACGCGCGGCCGCAAUGCCAUUCCCAUCAUAAACCCCGCCACCGGCAUUACUAUGGCCAGCCCCUCGCCCUCGGUCUCGCCCGCCGCGCUGCAGCAAUCUCUUCGCCGGUGGUAG